AUCUAUCCUCCCAUUAUUUCCGACUGCUAGUAAUGUCUCUGUAGGCAUACCUCCAUAUGAAUACAAAAGCCUCGUUUUGGUUGGUCAUAAUGACGUCACAUGAAUGAAUACGCUAAGGAAGAAUCGAUAAGUCAAACAAGCAGAGCUUUCUAGAGGCGUUAACAAAUCGUAUUGAGACUUAUCAAUGAAUCAAACAUGAUGAAGAAUUUUUUAUUUUCCAUGGUCUUUCACUUCAUUCUUGCUAUUCUUGUUGUCGUCCAUGGAGAAAACAUCCCGUUAGAGCCUGGUGGCGACUUCAAAGUCUGGGAUACACAGGAAGACUAUGGAGACGGGGUUGAAGUAGAUGAAAUUCAGAUGAUAAUGGAAAAUAACGCAGAAAAAAUCAGAGUCGGCCACAGCCAUCGAGAGUAUCCAAAUGAAUUCCACUUGAACCUGAAUUAUGCAAAUUUGACCGUUCUUUUGAAAGUGAAGGCAAAUGACGUUAUGAUGGGAGUAAAGCCCAAGCUGAUUUACUACGAUAACAAUGGAAAGAGAAUUGUGGACGAUGAUCAUGAUGAUGGAUGUUGCUACUACCAAGGCUAUGACGUAAACACGCCAAACACUUCAGUAGCGAUCAGUGUAUGUGAAGAUGGCAUGGAUGGAGUCAUAAUGAUGGGAGACAGGCAGCUUGUAAUUAAACCCUCGAAGAAGAAGAUGUACAUGCGUGAGUCUGCCGAUCGAUUUACACUUGGACCCCAUGUGCUGAAAGAAAGUCUCGCGCAGAAGGAAGAAAAGUUGAAACUUGAUUAUGUUCAUAUACCGGAGAUCGAUCAAAACAUGCAUAAUUCAAGUCAAAGAAUUCGGAGAAAUGCUCAACUGACAGAAACGAAAUAUGUUGAAGUUUAUGCUAUCAACGACAAAAGUUACUAUCUUUGGUUAGGAGGAAAUGUAGACGAAAACUUGAAAAGAAUGAAGAAAAUUUUGAACAUUGUUGACUCUCUUUACCAUCCCCAUAAUAUAAGAAUAGUUUUUAUGGCCUUAGAGGUUUGGAGUGACAGUGAUAAGAUAUAUAUGGGGCGUAAUAUUGAAGAUGCUCUUUCUCGCUUGUACGACUAUAGACAACAUAAUGUCAUGAAGAGGAAUCCAAAUGAUAACACUAUGCUGGUUAGCCAAAUCGAAUUUGAUGGACCAGCUAUUGGAGUUGCUCCUAUGAGCGCGAUGUGCACUGAAAGAUACUCGACAAAUGUUAAUCAAGAUCUCUCUUGGGAUUACUCACUAGUAGCUGGCACAAUAGCGCACGAGAUGGGACAUAAUUUUCGGAUGGAUCAUGAUGGUGACUCGUGUAGAUGCCAAUCAACUCGAGGAAAAUGCCUCAUGUCUCCUUAUGCACAAAAUCCAACUCCUUUGUAUUUCUCUGAAUGCAGUGAAUCAUAUCUGAAUAACUUUUUGGAAAACAAACUGGGAGCAUGCCUCAUGAAUAUCCCAGAUCUCGAAAGCGCCCAUUACAAUGGUGCAAAUACUUGUGGAAACAACAAGUUAGACCCAGGUGAAGAGUGCGAUUGCGGAGAAGAGAGGUUUUGCCUUAACCCUUGCUGUAAUGCAAAAACGUGCAAACUAACUUCAGGCUCACAAUGCUAUACAGGAAUGUGUUGCAAUAACUGUAAGCUAAAGCUGCGUGACACAACCUGCAGGCCGGCUGACAAUCCAUGUGAUAUAGCAGAAAAAUGUGACGGUGAGAACGGGAAAUGUCCUGAGAAUUUGUUCCUGCAGAACGGUAAGGCAUGUGAGCACUUGGAUUCAGACGGCUACUGUUAUGAAGGAAGAUGCCAGUCACUGACUACCCAAUGCCGUUAUGCUUGGGGAGCCGCGACAAUACAAGGGGAAGGAAAAUGCUUCGAUUUGAAUACUAGAGGUGACAAGUAUGGCAAUUGCGGUACUUCUGGAAACUAUUACGUAAGGUGCUCUUCUGCUAACAGGAACUGUGGGAAACUUUUCUGCAGAAACGGCCCAUCCGGAUUCCCCGUCAUUGGGAGGUCGAAAGGAAGGCAAGUGGUAUCUUUCAAAAGUGGUGGCAGAGCGUACAAUUGUUUGGCGGGUAAUGCAGAGUUGGGCUAUACACACGAAAAUCCAUUCUUGGCUUUCACUGGAGUCAAAUGUGGUGAAGGAUUUGUUUGCAAAAAUACUAAAUGUGUUCCGGUGUCAGAAAUCCAGGGACCGGAUUGUCCGGGUAAUUGCAAUCGACAUGGAGUUUGCACGCAGAAAGGCACUUGUGCUUGCGAUCCGGGCUACGUUCCUCCUAACUGCGCGAAAGAAACCGUAACAACAACAAAGGCACCUCUUAGCGGAAACACAGAAGUUCCGAGCAGAGAAAGCAGCAGAAGUUCUCAAUUGGCAACUAGCUGGACAUUGUUAUUUGGGCUGAUUGUUUUCAGCUUAAAUGUUCAACUAAGGACACAUUCUUCUCAAUAAAAUAUUAUCUAAAUAGAUGGUCAAAAUGUUUAUCUUGC